GCAGAGCGGCGUUUGCCCGUCGUUGGCGCGGCGCAUUGUGGGAGUGAUUAAGGAAGUAAAAUGGCGGACCUGGCCAACGAAGAAAAGCCCGCCAUUGCGCCUCCCGUCUUUGUGUUUCAGAAGGAUAAAGCGCAGAAGGCCCUUGCAGAGCCAAAAGGGGUGUCGGAUCCGGGCGAGGACCCUCGGGGAGCAGCAGAGCCUCCUCACCGGGCUGUGGGUCGCCCCCAAUCACCGGGGCGGUGCGGCUUUGAGGCGCCAGCCCCCCUGCUUGCUUGCGCCUGGGCGGCUUCCCGUUUUGCUCUGGUUCAACCCGAACUGGCAGGGAGGUCAGCAGAUGGGUCAAGUCCGGAAGACGGGGAAGAGUCCGACCGAGAAGAUGGGAGCUACUGUCCUCCCGUGAAGCGCGAAAGGACCUCCUCGCUCACCCAGUUCCCUCCUUCGCAGCCAGUGACAAAGAACAAUGUCUUCAUGCCCUCAAGCUUCUGCGAACCUUCUGCAGGAAACUCUGACUCGGAACCCGAGGAAAAAUGCACCGGAUUCAGGUUAAAGCCGCCCACUCUGAUCCACGGCCAGGCGCCCAGCGCAGGGGUGCCGAGCCAGAAGCCGAAGGAGCAGCAGCGUAGUGUCUUGCGCCCGGCGGUCUUGCAGCCCCCCCAACCAAAGGCUUUCUCGCAAGCAGUUCCAAGCAGCGGAACCAACGGCGUCAGCGUCCCUCCAGAUUCGUCGGCGUCCGAGUCCACAAUUAACACAACACCGCAAAGUCCUGAUUCAGAGGAGAAGGAGAAGCCGUGUCAGCAAAAUGAAGCCAACAACACGUCGGAGGCCGACAGAUGUGAAAAACCGGAUCCGAGCGCACAACAGUCCUUUGUCUUUGGGCAAAACCUACGAGACCGAGUGAAGCCUCGCUGGGGCCGUGCCACUCCCUGUGUCUCAGCCCCCUCCCUCUUCUCCCAGCUCGGAGACGAAGGGGACGACUCCGUCGACGUGCAGAACGCCCGGCUGCCCAGCUCCGAGACGCCCUCGGCGACCAACUACUUCCUGCAGUACAUCAGCUCCAGCAUAGAAAACUCUGCGCACAGUGCCGACCCUUCCAGUAACAAAUUUGUGUUUGGGCAGAACAUGAGCGAGAGAGUCUUGAGCCCGCCCAAAUCCAGCGAGGCCAACACGGACAGCAACAAGGAAAACGCCGCCGCCGAUUCCGGGUCCGAAUCGUCGUCGCAGGAAGCCACGCCGGAAAAAGCCAAUAACAUUUCCGAGUCCCUGGCCGAGUCUGCCGCAGCCUACACCAAGGCGACGGCCAGGAAGUGUCUCCUGGAGAAGGUGGAGGUGAUCACGGGAGAGGAGGCGGAGAGCAACGUCCUCCAGAUUCAGUGCAAGUUGUUUGUCUUCGAUAAGAACUCCCAGUCCUGGGUGGAAAGAGGCCGAGGGCUUCUGCGGCUGAACGACAUGGCGUCCACGGACGACGGGACGUUGCAGUCGCGGCUGGUGAUGAGGACGCAAGGCAGCCUGCGGUUGAUCCUGAACACCAAGCUGUGGGCACAGAUGCAGAUCGAUAAAGCCAGCGAGAAAAGUAUCCGCAUCACAGCCAUGGACACGGAGGACCAGGGCGUCAAGGUCUUCCUCAUAUCGGCGAGCUCUAAAGACACGGGGCAGCUGUACGCCGCUUUGCACCACCGGAUCCUGGCCUUGCGGAGCCGCGUGGAGCAGGAACAAGAAGCCAAAAACGCCGCGCCGGAGCCGGAAGUGGCCCAGUCGAACGAGGAGGACAGCGACGACGACGACGAUGACGUGCUCGCCCCCUCGGGGUCGCCCGGCAGCGGGCCCACCGACGAAGGCGACGGCCAGACGGCCAGCAGCACAUAGCAGCCACGAUCCGCUCCCCGUGCAAGAGCUGCGGCCGCCACGAACACCCUCCAGCAGGCCGCUCUGCGGACCUCUGCUCCGGGCCGCCACGGAGGCUCCGAGAUUCAAGAACGCUGCGUCCCUGUUCUGGUUUUCCCCCCUCCCCUCCCUUCCCUUUUUCAUGUGUGUGCGUGUGAUGGAUUUUUUGGCGGGGUGGGGGGGGGCGCUGGGGCUGGGUCACUCGAUUCCACAUUAAACAGGGAAAAAAGCAAAACACAGCGGACUUUGGACAAAACUGGCUGGAUGUGGUUUUGGGACAUUUCAACGCUCAUCAUAUUGAUGAGCAGGAAAAAGAGAAACCAUUUCCUCCCCCCCUCCCCACACACACACACUUGCGAUUGGGGGGGACGAGGCGGAGCGAGACUUUGCCACCGCUUGCCCAGGGGGUCUUCGCCUCCGACGCGCCCUUCCUCUCUUCCCCGCCCCACCGCCUCCGACGCCUCCGGCAGCCGGUCAGCCUCCGCCGUGGGGACUUCCAAGCCAGGAUUUCUUUUGCAAGCCCACCGCCGCUUUUCCACCCGGGUGCCUGCCUCGCCCGACCCCCUUGCGGGGAAGCCGGAUUCACCCGGAAGACGUUUUGCCCCGGCGGGACUUCGCAGACGGCCGCCUUGCUGGCCCGGCGGGCAUCUCUUUGGGGCCGUCUCUCUCCUGUCCCGCACAGAGGCGGGAGGCGACACCUGGCCCACGGCGAAACCCGUUUGCGGAGUUUGGAAGAGACGUCACGCGCCAGAGCGGAGGGCGUUCCUUGUUUGCUAACGGCUCCUUCCUUCCUCUCUUUGGUUACUAUUAUUAUUGUUGUUGUUGUUUUGGACUUUGACUGUGGCGAUAACUUUUUUUUUAUUAUUUUAGUUUUGAAUAAGAUAACUCUCGUGUCUUGAGCAGGUGUGACCUUUCCGGUUUUGUACUGUUCUCUUUCUGUUGCUAUUUAAGGGAGAGCAAAAGCCGCCGCCGCCCCCCCCCCGCCCCCCCACGCAAUAUAGAACAGGUGUUAAUAUACCAGGCUGCGUAUUUUCCUUCCUCAUAGCCCUUUUGUUUCCUUCUGGCCUUGGCAAAGUGUUUUAACAGCCGAGUAGGAAGCUGCUCUCUUUCUUUUGACCCCGGUGCAUGGGCUGGGUGGGGGGUCUGCCCUGUGGAUCCGGGCCAGCUGCCCAAACGCAGAAAUUUGUCAGGAGCGUGUCCCUCUGGUCCACGCAGAACUCAAAGGAAGCUGUGCGAACAGGGGAUCCGGCUGUGGCGUUGCUUAAAUCUUGAACCCAAAGUGCCCCGUUUCAAUUGUGGUGGGGGGGGGUCCCCUGCUAACCCCUUUUGAUCAGCGGCUUUUGGUUUGCCCAGAGUUGUUGCAGCGCCUUGGGGCAAAGCUCACGUGGGGCCCGGAGGGCCGUGGGGUGACAGAACCCCGACCCGUCUUGCCGCAACGGGGAAAACCCUGCAGCAGCAGGCACGACCGUAGUUCCCUGGGCCGCCGCUCUGUUCACCCCACUUCCAAAACUGAACCCUUCGGAGCAAAGACGGUGUGCAGGACGCUGCUGGGGGGGAAGGCGGAGUCGGUUUUAGGUUUGCGCUCCACCUUGGGAGACCUCGGACCGACUUUUCCGCCCGGGGGGGGAAGGUGGCCUUGUAACGUGAACCGCCCGACAGAAAUCACACCGGGUUUCAUCCCCAGAAUGCCCUCCUGCCUUUCAUGCACAGCUGGGCACCUUGCGGCCCUCCAGCUGUUUUGGCCGACGGUUCCCAUGGAUGGGUGUUGCCAGCCGAAGACAUCUGGAAGACGGCAAGUGGCCCCACCUUGCUAUAACGGAGGGAAACUCCCUCGGCCCAGUUCCACAGGUCUGUCCUCUCAUCCUUGCUGCUAUGAAGGAGCGAACGGCCACCUGAAUUCUCUUUGGCUCUUAAUUUUUUCCUUCUUCUGCCUGCCGGCUCACUAAAGAGCUGGGGCAGAGAGGAAGCUGGCUGUUCUUCGGCCCCUGUGCGUGUGCGCGUGUGUGUCCUCUCCAGAUUUUCAGCUUCACUUGUCCCUGCCUGCUUUUCUCUUGACAUCCCUGCCGAGGGACAAACACAGCGCCCAGGAACGCUCAAAGCAGCUACCGAGUCACAGAGGUGUCCGACAAGACUUGUCGCCUUUGGGGCAGGCUUUUUUGGAGGGGAAGGGUUGGGUUUGGGGGCACGGGGAUGGCUUCCGGCUUGCGUUAACACGGCAACCCCCCUUUUAAACCAGUUAACGAGAACGGGGCAUGGGGUUCCGAUCCUUGGCGUAAAAAUGAGAUUACUCCGGCAUAGCAGGUAUGUGUUGGGGGGUGGGUGUGGGUGGGGUGGUCCCUUCGGCCCCCUUCCCUCGAAGCGUCUGGAGCCUGGCAAGGGUUCCCUUUCGGUAUGAGUGCGUGUGUGCGCCCGUGUGGAAGAAGGCACGUUUGUGUGAAUGAGUGGCGUUUGAAGGAGGUACCAGAAAGCCGACGGGGCGGACGCUAGCUGGUUCCUCUAGAAAUGUUAAUGUUCAAUGGAAUGUUUAAACCGUUUCCCACAGAGUUCAUUCUUCUU